AUGACAGCAGAAGGAAGCGAGAAAGUAAAAGUUGCGGUGCGAGUUCGACCGUUCAAUAAAAGAGGUCAGUUUCUUGAAUCUUCUCGAAAACGUCAGCCAUUCUCAUCAGUCUUAGUCAUUGGAUCCAGCCAAGAAGAAGUGUUCAACUGCCUUGGAUCUGGUGUACUUGAAAAUGCAUUUUCCGGAUAUAAUGCAUGUAUUUUUGCUUACGGACAGACUGGCUCUGGUAAGUCCUACUCCAUGAUGGGUACAGCUGAACAACCAGGAAUCAUUCCUAGACUAUGUAAUGAGGUGUUUCGAAGGAUACAUGAGACAACCUGCGAAACCCUACAAUAUAAAGUUGAAGUUUCAUAUAUGGAAAUUUAUAAUGAACGAGUUCGAGACCUUCUGGACCCAAAGAAAUCCAAUAAACAUCAUCUCAAAGUUCGUGAGCACAAAAUUUUGGGACCCCUUGUCGAUGGCCUAUCUAUUCUUGCAGUUGACUCAUAUCAGCAAAUCGCGUCGUUAAUCGAAGAGGGGAACAAGUCAAGAACAGUGGCGGCCACGAAUAUGAAUGCUGAAAGUUCGCGUUCUCACGCUGUAUUCAACAUAACACUCACACAGAUCCUAAAAGACGUGGAAAAGGACUUUACUGGAGAGAAAGUAGCCAAGAUUUCUCUUGUCGAUUUGGCUGGAAGUGAACGAGCAGGAAAAACAGGAGCUAUGGGUAAACGACUUGAAGAAGGUGGAAAUAUCAACAAAUCCCUAACCACUUUGGGCAUGGUUAUUUCCGCAUUGGCUGAGCGGUCAAAUGGUAAGAAGGAGAAAUUUAUACCCUAUCGCGAUUCGGUGCUUACUUGGUUACUCAAGGACAAUCUAGGUGGAAAUUCACGUACUGUAAUGAUCGCUACCAUAUCCCCAGCAGGCGAUAAUUACGAAGAAACGCUGUCUACACUUCGUUACGCUGAUCGUGCCAAACGCAUCGUCAAUCAUGCCAUUGUUAAUGAGGAUCCCAACGCUAGGGUCAUUCGGGAGUUGCGAGAAGAAGUUGAGACGUUACGAAUGCAGAUCAGUCAGACUCUUAAAGAACAUUCUGAGACUGCUGAAUUACGAGAACGAUUAGCAGAAAGCGAAAGGCUGGUAGCUCAAAUGAAUAAAUCUUGGGAAGAACGUCUCAAGGAGACUGAAACGCUCAACAAGGAACGCCAGCGAGAUCUGGCCGAAAUUGGCAUAUCAAUCGAAUCAAGUGGCAUCAAAGUUGAAAAGGAUCGUUUCUAUCUUGUUAAUCUCAAUGCUGAUCCAUCACUUAAUGAAUUACUCGUAUACUAUAUCAAUUCAACUGCAAUCAUAGGAAACCUGGAUGAAAUAGAAACGAGCCUCGAUUCUGGGCUCGGAACGUCUGUUGAAGAUCUGGAUAAGAAAGAUGGGGGUGAACGUACCAGUAUCGUGCUCCGUGGAUUAGGUGUGAUGAGACGUCACGCUCGUCUGAGUGUCGUCGAGGAACGCGGACGGCAACGGCUUUACGUUGAGCCGCUGUCGAACGCCGGGAGGGUUUGCGUAAAUGGACGAGAAAUAUCUGACCGGACCUUACUGCGGCACGGCUACCGUCUUCUUAUCGGAAUGAACCACUUUUUCAGAGUAAACUGUCCUAAGGAUGUCGACAUGAAUCAGUCUGUUAUGGAUGAAAGUGUACUCUUUGACUACGAUGACGCAUGGCAUGAGGUGAACGGUGACGGUGGUGGAAAUCCUAUCUCAACAGCUGUUGAUCAGUACAUGGAGCAAGUCACGUUGAAGCAUCAAGAAGACAAGCAGGCCGCCCUUGAACGGCAGUAUGAAGCCUUCGAACGCUACAUCCAAAAUUUAACAGCUGGAGGAUUCACCCCAUCCACACCGAUGACUCCUGGAUAUGGUUUCGGGACUCCAUUGGGCACGCCAGGCACUGCUCUACCGCCAUUUCCGUUCCCAGCAAAUCCGAAGCAGAUGGUUCGCAGCAAGUUCUUCUAUUGGGCUCAGAGAAAAGAGGAGAUGUUCGCCGAGUCCUUGAAGAGGCUGAAGAGCGAUGUGGUCCGGGCAAAUGCCCUGACCCGCGAGGCUAACAUGAUCAGCCGUGAGCUUGGAAAUACUCGACGGCAAACCACAUACGACGUGACUCUUCAAAUUCCUGCAGCGAAUUUGAGACCAAGCAAAAUCAAGGCUGGAACAUUUGUCUGCGAACCUGUGAUAGUUGUCCGCCGUGCCGGAAUGAGCGGUAGCCAACUGUGGACGGUUGCACAGCUGGAGAACAAACUAAUUGAUAUGAGAGAGAUGUACAAUGACAAACUAAACGGAGUCAUACGGGAGUCAUCAUGUGCCUCUAGCCCUGAAGGAUCACCAUCACAUUCUGUGCCACAGACAUCGGUAGAUGAAGUCAUGAUUGACCCUUUCUUUGAGAGUCAGGAGCAUCACAAUCUGAUUGGGGUAGCCAACGUGUUCUUGGAGGUUUUGUUCCAUGAUAUGAAGCUCGAUUAUCAGGUGCCAAUAAUUUCCCAUCAGGGCGAAGUUGCUGGACGUCUUCAUGUGCAGAUUUAUAGGGUACCGAACUGCGAUACUGAAGGAGUGCAGUCGCCUGAUUGUGAAGGAAUGGAAAGGGCUGAGAGCUUACUUGGGAAAGUAAUUACUUGUCGGGUUCGCAUAAAGAAGGCGUCGUCUCUUCCUGAGUCAUUGUCCCACUUCGUCUUCUGUCAGUAUUCCUUCUUCAACCUAACGGAAAUGCUCGUCGUAGCGCCUGUGUUCGAUCCUUCGCAAACUUCAGAAUCGCAAACUCAAGCGUCGACCUUCGUUUUCGAUCAUGAAAAAGACUUCAAAGUAGUGGUGACCGAGGAGUUUUUGGAAUAUGUCCAAGACGAUGCUUUGUCCAUUGAAGUAUGGGGACAUCGCAACGGAGGUCUUGCUGAUACUGCCGAACCUAUACUAGAUGCAGAAGAGAAGAACAAAUCGUUGCAGGCGAGGUGGUCGGAGGUUUCGCGGCGUUUGGAGUUGUGGACCGAGUUCCGAGAAUUGAAUGAGACUGGGCAGUGGAUUCCGGUAGAAGUUCGGCAGCAGGAGGAUGUAGCAACUGGUGGAGUACAUCAGCUUAAACAGGGUCAACAAAGAAGGCUAGUUGUUGGACUAUCCCUUCCUCAACAUGGUGCAGGCUUACCACUUGGUAUAGAUACCAUAACCAGUGUCAGCAUCGGAUGUGUAUGUGUCAGUGACGCUUCUCAAGCAAGGAUGCUGGAUAGCUACCAGGAAGAAGAUCUUGAACGAAUACGAGCUCAGUGGACUCUGGCGCUGCAAAGUCGUCAUAAGUACUUAGAACAACAACUAGAUUCGCUUUCUUCGAUUUCAAACAAAACCGAGGCUGAGAUUGAAAGAGAGCACUCGCUCAUGGGUCAGUGGGUAUCUUUGACUGAAGAACGUACGGCAGUGUCCAUUCCAGCGCCAAAUUCGGACAUUCCUGGGGCGCCUUGUGAUUGGAUCCCACCUCCUGGUGUUGAAGAGCAUGUUCCAGUACUAUUUCUUGAUUUGAAUUCUGACGAUAUGACAGGAGAAUUGACGAGUGAUGAGAAUACUCCUCGCAUUGCGGGUUUACAUUCAAUUUUGCCUAAAGAAGAAAGCGGUGGUCCGUUGAUAAUGCUACCUAUAGUGCACUUUGAUGAUAAGGAGUUAAUCGCAACGUGCUCAUGGGACAGUUCAAUUCACGAUCAACCAGCGCUGAAUGUGCCAACAUCGUCAAAUGAAAGGGUCUAUGCUAUAGUUAAGGUCGGCGUACGGCUGUCGCAUCCAUGUGCAAUGGAAUUGGUCCUUCGCAAACGGGUUUGCCUCAAUAUUUACAAAAAGGCCAGUCUUACGGAGCGUAUACGGAAACGAAUCGUUGGUGCUGAUCCAUUACAUCGUACCGCUGUAUAUUACGAUGUUGUCGCUCAUUUGCCUAAGUCCUCUCACGAUAUGGAAGAACGAGCUUCUCUUGCGUUGAUGGCGGCACGUCAUACGGCAUCGGCAGAAGAAGAGCAAGCAGGCGAAGAUGGGCGAUGUUCAAACAAGCAGCUAAGCUACAUUGAAGCGUAUACAAAAUCUAUACAAGCAGUCGAAUCAAUGCUGAAGUUGGAUCGGCUGCGACAAGAAGUAGCUAUCACAAAUAUGUUGAGCAGGAGAGAUAGGCAUCAAAGACUAUCGCAUCUGGGCCUUCCCAGUCAAUCGUUCCGCAUGAAGCGAGCCGUCAGCCUUCCAAACACGAACUCACUACCAUUCAACCAAAUACCACCGUCUCGGCACGGUGAGCCAGUUGAGUCGCACCGUAAGCUACCGCCUUCGUCAGAUACGCCGAUGUCGAUGUCGACCACGUCAAUGGUGACAAGUCUUAUUAGUCCACUCAACGAAAAACUAUGUGGUAUUGAUGAGGAAUCGGCAAAAACGGAGCAGAGCCUUCCUGUUCGUUCAUCGACGGUCCCGGAGACCUUGAACACCUCAGCUGCUCGAGAGACGUUAUACGCUGCAGACAUCCGGAAUGGUAACAUGUCAGCUGCGUCCGUGUUGACCACAUCGUCGCUGCUCACUUCGUCGUCGACCGAUGAGGAGAACCGCCCAGACAUGGAUAUCCUACACCUGAAUAAUAAUCAACAGCUGGGCAAAGAGAAACUCUAUUUGAAAGGAAUUUGUGCAAAGAAUGGCUGUUAAUCGGCGCUUCUAGAAUUAUCGGUGCAAUUAUGAAUUAGUAGAAACGGCUUAUAACAUCGAUCUCGAUUGUUUAUUGUUUGUGAUACCAGACCCUUCCCCUGUCCUGUGCUUUUCCCGUCGACAUUUCUAUUCCUCUCCUGUCCAUUUCACCAUUUGUGCAUUUUUUUUUGGCAAUUGUCAUCUGAAGAUCUACGUCGUCUGAAAAUAUUUAUUAUAUCUUUCUUUCUCGAUUGUCGCUUGGUUGACACGCAAAAGGAUGAAACCACCGGUGGACGUGGAUUUCCUGUCGUAUACCUUGAGGUGCAAUCAUUUGUAACAAUUAUCAAUUGUAAAUUAUCAAUAAAGUACUAG